ACUCACCCGGGUCGGCCAGAGCGCGCCCCCGCGUCUCCGGCCAAGCCCUGCGCCCCCAGUCCCUGCCUCCUGGCACGUACGCAGUGCUGAAGGCUGGGGGAGUGCGGCCUGGACCGGCUACUUACCCAAUGGCCGUUCUUAGGGCGCCUGCUGUCCAGCUGGCCGAGCCUCCCGGCACUGUCCUUCCGGGGCUCCCAGGACUUGCCUUCGGUCGGAGCCCCAACUGCAGCGACUGCAACCUCUCCAGGCACGUAGGAGCAAGGGGGCGCAGAAAGCGAAGCCUACAGAGAGGGACGAGCCCGGGGCGGGGUAGCCGUUUAGUCACGCCCUUAACCCCUCCCCCGCUGUUCCCCACGAAGUCCUGGGAGGCAACGAGGUACCGAUGGACGUAAGAAAGCUAGGACACAGGGCCCCGCCCCUGACCUCUUCCCGCCCUGCCGGGUCCAGACUACGCCGUGACUCCGUCACUGACCUCGGGGCGCUCCACCCACUUCUAGUUGGUGGGCGCGCACGCGCACUUGCCGGCUUCUUUUGACAGCUUUGGCCAAGUGAGAAGGGAGGGGAGCAGGAGGUGUCGCGAGAGUAGGCCUCCGCCUCGUAGGCGGUGUAACUAUGGCGAGUCCGGGGAUCGACACCGAGCAGGAGCCGCUCUUAGGCGACCGCACACCCGGAAGCAGAGAAUGGGAUAUUAUAGAAACUGAAGAGCAUUAUAAGAGCCGAUGGAUAUCUAUUAGGAUUCUGUAUCUUACUAUGUUUUUCAGCAGUGUAGGAUUUUCUAUUGUGAUAAUGUCAAUAUGGCCAUAUCUCCAAAAGAUUGAUCAGACAGCUGAUGCAAGUUUUUUGGGCUGGGUUAUUGCUUCAUUUAGUCUUGGCCAAAUGGUAGCUUCACCUGUAUUUGGUUUGUGGUCUAAUUAUAGACCAAGAAAAGAACCUCUUAUUGUCUCCAUCUUCAUUUCGGUCGUGGCUAACUGCCUCUAUGCAUAUGUCCACGUUCCAGCUUCUCAUAAUAAAUACUACAUGUUGGUUGCUCGUGGAUUGGUGGGAUUUGGAGCAGGUAAUAUGUAUGUAUGUAUGUAUGUGUUUGGCUGUUCAGAUUCACAUUCACCCUGAAUUCACCCUCUCUCAUCUGGUAUCACCUCGUCUCAAUCUCAUAUCUCACAACUCAACAUAUAGAUUUCUCAUUGCAAAUAGACAAAUAUCUUUCCUAUGAUUUUCGCCUUUGUUCAUGAUAUUCCUGUUACCUAUAGUUUCUCUAUUCUGUUCCCAUC